AUGAAAUUGACAACACUCGCUUUAAUCGGUUCCCUAGGUGCUGUUUCUUUGGCCCAAUUUUCCAAUGAAACUACCUCUGACACUACAACUUCCUCGAGUACCUCUAUCUUGAGCUCUACCACUUCUGAUAACUCCACCUCUGUUGAACCAACGGGUCCUACUACAGAACUCCCAGGCAACAGCACUUCCACCGAGCCACCUACUUCAACAGAACCACCAAGCAAUACAACAACCACUGAACCUCCUUCUUCCGAGGCUCCAACUACUGAAUUGCCUACCUCCUCCUUGACUCCUACCUACGGCUACAACGAAACUACUACUGAUUACGAAGUUGUGACCGAGUUCACUACCUACUGCCCAGAGCCAACCACCUUCACCACCAAUGGCGAGACUUUCACUGUCACUAGUGCCACCACUUUGACCAUCACCAACUGUCCUUGCACUAUUCCAAAGCAAACGACUACCACCGAGUACGAGGUCGUAACCGAAUUCACUACUUAUUGCCCAGAGCCAACCACUUUCAGCACUAACGGUGAGACUUACACUGUCACUACGCCAACUACUUUGACCAUAACCAACUGCCCAUGCACCAUCCCUAAGACUACCGUGGCGCCUACUGAGGAAUCUACCGAAGAGACUACAGGAGAAACCGCCACUGAGAACACCUCUACUCCAGAAUAUUCUUCGUUCAUCACUGAGACUGCAUCUUCCAUCGAAGGAACAAGUACAAGCAUUCCAGUUGUCUCUACAGGUGCUGCUAACAAGUUUACUGUCGGAGGUCUGGCUGGUCUAGCUGCCGCUGUUUUCUUGAUCUAA